AGUACCCUCAGUAACCCAGACACUCUCAUUUCUUGUCUUUAAGCUGUAACAUUGGAAAUUUUCAAGUAUGUAACUCAAUAUAGGUAAAAAAUAGAAAUGCUUUAAUGAAGGAUUUUAAAACAAGUGAUUUAGCAAUCUUUAUAGCAGUGACUGAGGUAUUUUGCACUAAUCCGUAAGGGAAAAAAAAAAAAAAAAGAAAAAAAAAAUACCUCCUUUAAAAGUGCCAUAAGUUUCCAAUACUAAAAUGGACCACUUUGGUGAAAGAAGAGAGAAGCACCAAGUAUCAGCUGCAUGACUAGCUUAGGCAUCACUUGUCAUUCAUACCUGUGAAUGGAUAACUUCUGUGUCAACAGAGUAGUACGUCUGGCAUGCUGUGUUUUCAAAUGAAGAUCAUUCAUUAUCAUCCUCCAUGCUGUUUGAUUUUGUUCAGAGCAUGGCCCAGUAAAGUUCUUUAGAUACUAAUGUUGUUGUUUUUGUUACUUGAUUACACAGUGCAAGCGCUAGAUAGGCAAAGUUCUGGGAAUGAUGUAAAAGAGUCUAUCCGGUCAGAGUCUAUAUCAGAACUUCAUGUUUCUCCUCUCACAAAGAAGAACAUUGAAACUUAUCAAAAAGAAUUUAAAUCAGUGCAACAACCAUCGCAGGAGUUGCGUGUACAGGUUUUUGAAAGUGUAUCAGAAAGUUUGACCAUGAAGGCUACAUCAAUUGAAGAAAUUAAAGCCAUGCACACCUCAGUUCUUUCUCAAACAUCUCAGAGCACCAAAAUCUCUAUGACAACCUCUCAGGAAAAGAAAGAUGUCCCUCCAAAGAUUCUCUUGCAACUCAGAGACCUAACUGUGAAAUGUGGUGACCCUGCUCAAUUCAUAUGUGCCCUAGAAAAUGAAUUCUAUGAGUUUCUUUGGGCCCACGAAGGUAAAAAGAUAGAAUUGUCUGAAAAAUUGAAGAUAUCACAAAACGGAAACGUUCUUCUGCUUACAAUCCUAAAUGCCCAGCUGUCAGAUCAAGGACUGUACAGUUGUACUGUGUAUAAUGACUAUGGAGGCACAACAACUUCAGCAAUACUAACAGUCAAAGCAAAAGAAGCACAAGCCAAAGCAGUAACAAAAAUUACUCUUGAAUCAGAUUCUAAAAGCUUUAAAGCAGCCAAAGAUUGUCAGUUUAAAGCAUCUGAAGUUAAGCAAGAGUCUUCAAAGAAAACCUCAAGCUUGUUUAUAUCUACAUCCCAAAGACCACAUGACACUGAGAAGCAAAGAAACAGAGUAUACUAUCCUGAUGUUGUGCCAUGUGAAGAGAUCACAGAAACUGACGCCAAAGCACCAGAGUUUCUUGAAACUCUGCCUUCAGAAACCACUGUAAAAGAAGGAGAUGAUGUGUUUCUCUUUUGCAUAAUGAAAGGUGUGCCUACACCUUGCGUAGUCUGGCUGUGCAAUCAGCUGAUAGUUGAGGAGUCUGCACUGUGCUCCAUAAAACAUGAUGGGCCGCUGUGCAGUUUAAGAUUGUUGAAAGUUGGUCAGGACCACGAGGGUAUAUACAAAUGCAGAAUAGUUAAUCCUGCAGGACAAGCCGAGUGCAGCACUCAUCUGAAAGUGACAGGUUGGCAACUGCAUGUUCCUUCCAAGUAUCAAUUCCUCAUGCAUAGCAUCAUAAUUGCAUUCCACUAUAUUCAUUCCCUAGGAGAUGAUAAAGAAUGAGACUAUCUCAUUAGUCUGUGGAUUGUUGAAUGUUUUCUUCAGGGAUUCAUGGCAUGAUAAAGGCAUGUUGUUUUAGGAACUUUCCCCCACCCUGCAAAAAGAAAGCAAAUCUUACAGAAAAACAUACAUUGCAAACAAGUUUGAAAAUAUUUGAUUACUUUAUUCUCAAAAUUUAUCAAGUGUUUGAAUCGUUUGGCAUGCAUUUAUGUGUGUGUGUGUACAUGUGGAUUUAUGUCUAUUUGCAAAACAGAUUGGACGUUUCUACUAUAUAAAGUGUUGAUUGGGACAUUUAACAACUAUAGCUCAAAAAAUC